CGGAGCGCCGGGGCAAGGAGGAGGCUUGGUGCUGCUGCUGGUGGUGGCUGCAGAAGGAGAAGACAAGGAGUAGGUGGAAGAUGGUGGAAUCAGAGGUGAUAGCAGCCGCCGCCGGGCUCACACCUCCCUCUCCGGGCUGUCACCCAUUCACCCGCUAAGAGCAGGCUGCUGCCCCUUCCUGCUGCCAGCGUGUGAUGCCGCGACCAGGCUCUGAUUUACUCUGAGGGGCACAAGCCUGAAGUGCCGCGAUCUGGGGAUUUGUGGCCAAGAUGUUAAUACAGUAAGGAUCCAACAACUGUAAGCUUGUCAUGAACCACUUAGACGAAUCACAGGAGGUGGAGGCGAGUGAUGAGCCUGGAAAUGCAGACAUCAAUGAGUCUGUGGAAGCUGACCUGGAACUUCCAGAAGUGGAAGAAGAACAAAAUCCAUAUGCCUCUCCUAAUUCACGGCAUACAGCCGUGGAACAAGAAGGACAGUCUGGGCAAGAGGAAGAAGGAACACUUGCCAGAUCUGCUAGUACGGAGAGCGGGUUUCAUAACCAUACCGAUACAGCGGAGGGGGAUGUAAUCGCAGGCCAAGUAGAAGGAUAUGAUAUGGAUAGAGCUCAGGAAAAUGAGGAUGAGAAUGCAUAUGCUAUUCAGUAUAGGCCGGAGUCUGAGGAAUACACUGAGAAUGCUGAGGCUGAGCACGGCGAGGUGCUGCAUAAUAGAACUCUGCCCAAUCAUUUACAUUUCCAUGGUUUGGACCCAGAGGAAGCAAUAAAUGCGGCUUACUCUGGUUAUGUCUACACACACCGGUUAUUUCACAGGGGUGAGGAUGAACAAUAUGCUGAACCUUAUGCGGACUAUGGACUUCAGGAGCAUGUUUAUGAGGAAAUUGGAGACACUCCUGAUUUGGAUAUUAGGGAGGGCCUCCGCCUCUAUGAACAGGAGAGAGAAGAAGCUGACAAUUAUCGAAAAGCAGCUCUGGGCGCUCGUCUCCAUCAUUAUGAUGAGCGGUCUGAUGGAGAAUCUGACAGUCCUGAGAAAGAGGCAGAAUUUGCACCUUAUCCAAGGAUGGACAGCUAUGAGCAAGAAGAAGACAUUGAUCAGAUUGUGGCAGAAGUCAAACAGAGCAUGAGUUCCCAAAGCUUGGACAAGGCAGCAGAGGAUAUGCCGGAGGCUGAACAAAGCUUAGACCUUGCUGACCCUUCCAAAGUUCGUGGCGGAGGUCAUUUAAGUAAUGGAAACCUCUCUUCUGCCUCCAAGACUGCUGCUAACGCAGGAGAGAUAGUGCAAAGGUACAGUAAGGAAAAGCGGGAUGCUAUCUCUCUGGCUAUCAAGGACAUUAAGGAGGCUAUAGAGGAAGUAAAAACAAGGACAGUACGUUCCCCAUACACUCCUGAUGAGCCUAAAGAGCCUAUUUGGGUGAUGAGGCAGGAUAUCAGCCCAACCAAGGACUGUGAUGACCAAAGGCCACUAGAUGGAGAUGUAAAUGCAAACAUCUCAAUGGAGAAUGUCUGGAGCUUCCAAGCAGAGUAUCAUGAUGACGAUUCUCCGUCUCCUGAUUCUUCCACGCAAGGAGCAGAAUCUACAACACAGCAGCAUCGUCAGAAUGCCUGCGAUUCAGCCGAAUCCUCUUCAAAUAAAGAGUCAAGAAAGAGCCUGGCCUCAUUCCCGACCUACGUAGAAGUCCCGGGACCAUGUGACCCAGAAGAUUUAAUCGAUGGAAUAAUUUUUGCUGCCAAUUACCUCGGCUCCACACAGCUACUGUCUGACAAAACUCCUUCUAAGAAUGUGCGCAUGAUGCAAGCACAGGAGGCGGUUAGUCGGAUUAAGAUGGCCCAGAAAUUAGCCAAAAGCAGGAAGAAGGCUGCAGAAGGGGAGGCUCAGCCCAUGACAGAAGUGGACUUAUUUAUCUCUACACAGAGAAUAAAAGUAUUGAAUGCCGACACACAGGAGACAAUGAUGGAUCACCCUCUGAGGACUAUCUCGUACAUUGCUGAUAUCGGAAAUAUUGUAGUCCUGAUGGCACGCAGGCGAAUGCCACGCAGCAAUUCUCAGGACAAUGUGGAGGCUUCUCACCCAUCACAGGAUGGCAAACGACAGUACAAGAUGAUCUGCCACGUGUUUGAGUCUGAGGAUGCCCAGCUUAUCGCUCAGUCUAUAGGUCAGGCAUUCAGUGUUGCUUACCAGGAAUUUCUCAGAGCUAAUGGCAUUAACCCAGAAGAUCUGAGCCAGAAGGAAUACAGUGAUUUACUCAAUACCCAGGACAUGUAUAAUGAUGACCUCAUCCAUUUCUCUAAGUCUGAGAACUGCAAAGAUGUUUUCAUUGAAAAACAGAAGGGAGAAAUCCUUGGAGUGGUGAUUGUAGAAUCUGGCUGGGGCUCCAUUCUGCCGACAGUCAUUAUUGCCAACAUGAUGCAUGGUGGACCUGCUGAGAAGUCAGGAAAACUGAACAUCGGGGAUCAAAUCAUGUCCAUCAAUGGCACCAGUUUAGUUGGGUUACCCUUAUCCACUUGUCAGAGCAUUAUAAAGGGCUUAAAGAACCAGUCCAGAGUGAAGCUGAACAUUGUAAGAUGUCCUCCAGUAACCACUGUCUUAAUCAGGAGACCGGACCUAAGAUACCAGCUUGGCUUCAGUGUACAGAAUGGCAUUAUUUGUAGCCUUAUGCGAGGUGGCAUUGCAGAGCGAGGAGGUGUGCGAGUGGGUCACCGCAUCAUUGAGAUCAAUGGACAAAGUGUUGUUGCAACUCCUCAUGAAAAGAUAGUCCAUAUUCUCUCCAAUGCUGUUGGUGAGAUACACAUGAAGACCAUGCCGGCAGCCAUGUACCGACUGCUGACUGCACAGGAGCAACCAGUUUACAUCUAACCGCCUCUCUGUCACUUCACAACAUGCAUGGAGGACAGUUCUCUCACCUGUGGUUGUGUGCAUAGUGCUGCAUUUAUCAGCAGAAACAUCUCAGAAACAUUACUUACUCUAUUUGCUAACCACAUUUUUUAUGCCCUUCUUUUCAUUCCUCAUAAAUUGAGUGUUUUGCGGAAAGUCAUGAAUCUCUGAAGGCUUGUGUUCCAGACAUGACUAAACAUACACAGUUGUGUUCGGAAGACACCUUACAGUCUAUAUGGGCUGCAAAGUGUCUGAGAAUGUGUCCAGCUCAAAGACUGCUUAGUAAGAAGCCAGAUCUCCAUAAGCUAUUCUUUCUACUGCUAAUUGGGCUCACUCGGUUGGUAUUGUACAGUCGUUUUGGGCACAUAUAGCUCUAACACUUAAGAUUGGCCAGUACAUAAAAUGACAUUUUAUAAACUAGCCCUCAUGCAUGUGUCACAGUUAUAAAGUAGCAGGAUUGAAUCUUAGUUACAACUCGGGAGACUGUGCAUGAAGCUCUGGGUCACCUUGAAACUAAAAAAAAAUGAUACUAUGCGUGCUUGUUGUGUUUACUGUAUCAAAGCACUUUUACAGUUCACUUGCAUAUCUUGGGUCAGUCGAUGGAUUGAGUAACAGGCGUUGUUGUACAAGUAGCUCCACUUGAAUAUUAGUGGGUAUACACUACCAUCCACUUUGCUUCAAUAUAUAAAUAUCUUAUACUGUUUUCUCCACUAUGUAUGUAAUGUUGGACCCUGAUCCAUCUUUUUCACUAUUUACUAAGUAGGUAAGUACUCAAAGUAUCAGGUUAUUGUGGCUCACUCGUACAAUAGUAUCUGUAGGAUGAAUGACGUAUGACCAUAAUUCAGGCAAUAAAUAAUUCAUACUAGAAAUACCACAUAUAUAGUCGGGUAAAUAGGUGAACAUGUGGACUUCAUUUUAGAACUGAUGUUAUGUACAGAAAGCACACUUUACCAGGCUAGGGGGUUACUAAACAUUAUUUUAUAAUAGGUUACAUUGGGGUCUAUGUAUUAAGCCUUGGAGAAAGAUAAACUACCAGCCAAUCCACUCCUGUCAUGUAACAGGCUUCGUUUGAAAAAUAACAGGAGCUGGUUGGUUGGUACUUUACCUCUCUCCAAUUUAUCUCUCUCCUAGGCUUAGUAAAUAGACCCCCUUGAACAUAGAAUUUGACGGCAGGUAAGAACCUCUUGGCCCAUCUUGUAUGCCCUUUUGUAGGUUGCUCCUGAAGUGUAGCUCCUCCUUAUACUGUAAGAGCACAUACUCACGGCCAGUUUCCCAUUUGCCCAUGGCAUGUUACACUGUGCUGAGUUCCCCACAAGACUUAACAUCAGUGGACCGCCAUGAGCUGUAGGACCUUAAUAUCAGUUACUGUAGUUUUCCAAAUGAUUGAUGAAUCAAAAAUAGAGCAUCUGAGGCCAACAGCAUUUUGAAGAAAAAACAGUAAUUACUGUAGAUUUUGAUCACUAAUUUGUUAUCCUCAAUCUGCAUUUAGUAAGGACUACGUACGUACACAAGUGUACAGCAUGUGUGUUUUGUCAUUUACAAUUGUGAACUGCACAAAAUGGCGUUCCAUGUUCUCCAGCCUUAAACCUACUUGUGAUUACUUAUACAUAAAAGUCUACAUUCUUCUGAUUUAUAUAACAGAAGUUCCAGAUUAACAUUACAUUGGGCUUAACAAUGCUUAGAAUGUGUUUACGCUUUACUAUUCAGAAGGAGUUUUUGAAUACAAACUAAGUUACUAUGGAAUGCAUGCAAUUAAUGAGCUUUGAAAUGACUGCUUCCAGCUAACUGUGUUUACAUCAUUUACAUCUAAAUAUUACUGAUGUGCUAUAUUAUGUCCGUUGAAGUGACACAGCUCUGAUGUAACAAGGCUGUGACAGGGUAACUUUUAUUUUUGUCACUUUACAAUGAAGUUCUCCCAAGUUUAAAAGAACAUGUUUACACAGGAGAAAAUGGGUUGUAUCAUUUCUGUUCCAGUCAUGUAAACAUAAGUGGUUGCCGUUGGUCGAUACAUAGAUCUCUAAAUAGUCAGUUUUAAUAUUAUGCCAAAUUAAAGUGAAUUUAUAAAAACAUGAGUUAUGAUGAUAAUAAUAAUAAUAUAAAAAAAUAAAUAAAAUUUGGUACAACUUCAAGUCGACCAAACUAAUAUAAGGCAAUUAAUAUUUAUUUUGUGAUGUAGAUAACUGCGUUUACCUGUAUAUUGGGGUUUAUUGAUAAUGUGUGAGGAUGUUUUCCUAGUUUUAGAAAGCUGGCACAUUCCUGAGAGCUUUAAUAUGAUGAAAUUAGGCAAUGUUAUUUAUUUAUUUAUUUAUUUUAUUAGGAAAUGUAUUAUGCGUUUGGGUUUUUUUUUUUUUUUUUUUUUUAUCUGAGGGACAUGGAAAGCCGCGUCUUCAGUUCGAUGGCUUCUUUACUGAUAGCUGCUGGAACGAACCCAGAUUAUGUAAGACUCAUGCGCAUGCUGCUGCUGUCAUUGCUUAAAGCAGACCAACAAGUUGCCUUCAUGUUUACUUAAGGAAGCUGCAAUUCAUGGCUUGUAACUUAAUAACGGAAACAUAACAAAAACAGUGAUUUCUGUCAUCCCUAUAGUAAAGGACUUGAUGCUGAGUAUCUCUAUUAUUACUUAUCGCUGCCGGCUGCUCAGAUCCUCAUUGUUUUAAUACAGCAAGAAGCAUGGCGCUAAUGAGAAAAGACUUAAACUGACUUACUGUAUAUGGCUGGCAGAUGACCCUGAAAUCAACAACAAAAUAAUUGUCAUUUUUCUUCUGCUAACAAGACAGGACAAACCUUUGUCUUACAGAAUAUUUCUAACUCCACUUCAUGACUGAAUUCAUGCAGCAGUGAUAUGCUUUUAGCAAAAUAAUAAGAAAUACAGAUAUUUAUUGCAAUUACCAUGCCAUGCAAUAUACACAAAUGAAGCUGUAACUCAUUGAAAUGUGUUGCAAUGUGACAACAAAUACAAUGGCUGCAGGCAACGAGACAAAAUCUGAAGGUGAUGUAAUAGUGGUAGUGAUGUCAUGUAUGGCUCUUAUGUCUAAGUAGCCUAAACUAAUCCUCAACUGUCCAGUACUUCAUUUUUUUGUGGUCCGUUCUCAAGGAUUAAGAGAAGAUGAUUGCCUAUUUGUAGUAACUAUUUUCACAAUGUUUAUUAUAUAGUCAUAAAUCAGGUUUGUGCAAGAUCUGUUCUCAAACAUGUUUUGAUGUGCCACCUUUCAGCCAUUACCAGGAAAUAGAGUGUUGGGGAAUGAGAAGUAACACAAGAAAUGCGUUGGUGACACACAUGAUGUUUCCUCUUGGGUGUAUGUGUAACUGUCACAUUUUGCAAAGUAUAAAAUAUCUUUCUCUGUCACUAACAUUUACUGGUUAAUUUCUAUGUGCAAUAAAAUUAGCCUAGAAACAACAAUUAGAGCCAUCCUUCUUGACAUGACGUCUUGCCGUUCGUUAAACAAUACGUAUUUAUAUUAUAUUGGAAGUAUGAUAGUAACACCUAGAGCACAGGUUCUCAAACUCGGUUCCCAGGACUCCACACAGUGCAUGUUUUCUAGGUCUCACAGAAUGACUAAUGAAAUAAUUUGCUCCACCUGUGGAUCUUUUAAAAUGUGUCAGUGAGUAAUGAGUACACCUGUGCGCCUGCUAGGUGACCUGGAAAACGUGAGCUGUGUAGGGUCCUAAAGACUGAGUUUGAGAACCACUGACCUAGAGGGCUCUAAGGGCAGUUGAUGCCAGUGUCUACAUGGUGACUGUUUUGGUUUCUGUGUGUUAUAUAACAGCAUAAAAUAGCACAACAACCGUCACUGUCUUAAGAUCCUUACAGGAAAGCUCCAUGCUGUAAGUUCAACUAAGAGUCACAACUUGGAACAUAAAUCUGUAUUUUAGCCUCAGAUUGAAGUUACAGUUUUAAUAGUAACAUUUACUUUUAGUACAUUCCAAAUCAGCCUACUGCAGUCCAAAAAUAAAAUGUAAUAAGCACAGAACUCUUCUUCACACCUAGUGACCCAUUUCUCUGUUUAUAUUCCUAGGAUAAUCAUUUGAAUAUUCAUGUGGUUUAAAAUAUUUUCAUCCUUUUAUAUGGGUCAACUAGUCUAUGACUUUGUAAUUAUUUUUUUUCUUUUUCCUAAAUAAAUUAUAUAUAUAUAUAUAUAUAUUUAUAUAUAUAUAUUAAUUAUUAGUAAAUCACUUUGGUUGUUUUUUUUUUUAUUUGUAAAAAAAAAAAAAAUCACAGCGGCGUCAACCAGAUGUUUUGUACAUACCUAGCAGAGUACUUAGAACAUGCAGUUGUAUUAUUGUUCUGUAAAGAGGGUGGAUUAGAAAUUAUUGUAAAUCAUUGGGAAAGUAUAGUAAUGUAAUAGUAACAAUAUUGUUCUUUGUAAACUGCAAACUUACGAAAAAAAAAAAAAAUUCAAUGUGAGCCUGGAAUGUUGAUACUGCACAUCUAUGAAUGUAAUUCCUCUGACAGCUUUGUCACAGGCCCUGACCCUUUUUAUCUGUGAAGCAGCUGCAAUGGGUCCAUUGAUUUGCAAGCUAUUUUGUUGUGGUGUGUGUCUACUCUGCUAUGUAACUUUUAUUUAACUGAGCGCUUGCUGAUGUCUGUAACAUUUGCUGCAACAACUACAACAAUAACAAUAGUAAUAAUAAAAAAAAUAACAAUGAGUAAAAA